ACCGCCAAAGCUUUCUAUUAAGAGAUAGAACAGCCUUGUUCCCACACUUGUCACAAACUUUCCUCUAGAAUUAGUUUGUGGCGAACGCAGAAGUCAAAGAGAUCCUUUAGUUUUCCAGUAUACUUUCUAAUAUAAUCCGUAGUCGCAGUCAGCACACCUGUCUCCCGCCAUGGCACAACUAAGAGUAUAUCAGCAGGCCACCCUUGCCAGCCGUGAUUGAGAGAGAUCACACGUAUUGUAUGUAUGGUGAUUGGCAGAUGUAUUAUCAAAGACUAUAGAUAGAACUAUAGUCUUUGGUAUUAUCACGUGAAUUGACGACGUCACGCUCCAUAUGCGUGCGCCACACUUACCAACACACGUGACACGAACACAAGCAUUAAUUUGUGAAGCUUCACUCGGAAGGGAUGAUGUGGACUUAGUUUCUGGAGGCGGCGCGCUAUUAAUUUAAUUACUACGGCCUUACAAAAGCCUUUCCCACAUUGAAAACAUCACAGACAUGUUCUAUAUCUCUGCGUUGAGUGUGGUGUGGCCCAGGCGGAGACAGGUAAGCGCUACAUCUAGGGUGCGGGACUGUUGCCUCACCCACGGCUGCGGGGAGGAAUUGUGGCGAUAUUGGGCCAUGGAGGUGACGCGGAGGCCAGUGGCAAGGGUGGUGUCGGAGGUAGAGUGGCAUACUCGUGAUAUGAGGCGCUUAGCGGUGGAGAUUGGCAGAGGGAAGGGGAUAAUGUUUAUUUCUGAUAGGGCCAUCUUGGCGGCGGUGUCGGCGACCUCGUUACCCCAGAUACCUGUGUGGGAGGGAACCCACUGGAGGGUUAACUCCCAGCCUUCGGUGUGAAGAUGGAUGAGGAUCCUGUGGGUGGCGUGGACGAUGGCGGUGGAGGAGGAUGGGUGACGGGAGAGGAGGAGGUGGAGUGAGGAGAGGGAAUCGGUGUAGAUUACUGCUUUGCCCUUGGUAUGACCUGCAGGUGGUUGACGGCCUGGUGAAGGGCAUACAGCUCUGCUGUCAGGACGUCUGUCUCUGGUGGGAGUCGCCAUGUCCUGCAGAUGGAUGUGGCGGGGUCGUAGAUGGCCUCAGCAGUAGAGGGUGGUGAUGGAGAGUGGGACCAGGGUGCGAGUAUGAUGAGUUUCUAAGCCUUGUUUUGCUGGUUGCUUUGUUCCAGCAACAUGAAGUUACCUGGCCCGUUUUCCUUUGAGU